AUGAAACUGCCGUCUCAACUGGUUAAGACAAAGGGUGCUCCGAAGAAAGUGAAGCCUACGCCGAAUGAAAACUCGACUACACGGGAUCCUUCAUAUUGUGAGCACGUCGACAAACUCUUUCCCGACUCACCUACUCCUAAAUCUCAAAAAAGUUCAAACAAAGGAGCUCGCAUUAGCAAACCACCUCCUACACCUAUUGCUCCAAAAGUUUCAACUCUGACACCUAUUGACACAAAAAUCCCAUCAAUUGAAGAGGUAUAUAUUGCUCCAAAAAUUCCAUCAAUAGAAGAGGUGCAUAUUGCUCCAAAAAUUCCAUUCAUCGACGAGAUGUCGAUUUUUAUGCACAAAUACAUCGACCGGGUCGUCAAUGUGGUUGGGGACAGUAAUUGCGGAUUCCGAAACGUAUCGGCUUUGCUUGGUAAGGGAGAGGAUGACCAUAAGUUUGUCUGUAUUGAACUUAUCGAAGAAUUGAUGAACCAUAAAGACUUGUAUACACGGGUAUUUGGAGACGAAACCAAAUUUGAAUCGGUCAACGAAGCUCUUGUUCCUUGGUUGGGCGCUUACGCACCGAUUUCAAAAUGGAUGAGAUUCCCAUAA